AAUUCCAAGAUGGCGGAAGGGAGCGAAUCUCAACCAAACAAUCCGCUAUCAAGGAAAUUAAACAAGAUCUUAGAAACUAGAUUGGACAAUGACAAGGAAAUGGUGGAGGCUUUGAAGGCCUUGUCGACUUUUUUUGUGGACAACAGUUUGCGUUCUCGGCGGAAUUUGCGUGGAGAUAUUGAAAAAAGAAGCUUGGCAAUCAAUGAGAGCUUCGAGGGUGCAUUUAGAGAUGUUAAACAGCAACUGGAUGCUGUGCAUGCAGACAUUGAACAAAUGAGUAGGUGUUGCACAGAAAUGACAAGCAGACUUAAGUCUGCAAGAGACCAAACCUCUGACUUGAUAAGCAAGACUACCACACUUCAAGCUGAAAGUCAGAGAAUACAGAUGAAAGAAACAGUCGCAGAUGCAUUCAUUUCAAGAUUCCAAUUAAAACCGGACGAGGUUCAAGCUCUGAAGGGAACACGGAAUGGACCCAUUUCUGAGACAUUUUUUGAAGCCCUCUCACGAGUUAAAGAAAUUCACAAAGACUGCAAACUUUUGCUGAGGACGAAACAACAAACAGCUGGUUUGCAGAUCAUGGAAGCCAUGGCAUUACAUCUAGAGUCCAGCUACGAGAAGCUUUACAGGUGGAGUCAAGAUGAAUGCAGAGGCCUUACAGGAGAUCUUCCUGACAUAUCUAACAAGCUAAGCAGAGCAAUGGCUGCUCUCCAGGACAGGCCUGUGUUGUUUAAGUAUACUUUAGAUGAAUAUGGAACAGCCAGAAGAACUGCGGUGGUGAGAUGCUUCAUUGAUGCACUCACAAGAGGAGGACCUGGUGGAACUCCCAGACCAAUUGAAUUACACUCACAUGAUCCAGUCAGAUAUGUUGGUGAUAUGUUAGCAUGGCUUCAUCAGGCGAUAGCUUCAGAAAAAGAACUUCUCCAUAGUUUACUAAGAAAUUCAUCAUCAACAGACGACAACAUACAAAAAGAAAUCCUUAGUCACAUAACAGAAGGAGUGUGUAGACCAUUUAAGGUACGAGUGGAGCAGGUCAUUGUGUCAGAGCCGGGCGCCGUGAUGCUGUUCAGUUUAGCAAACAUUCUAAAAUUUUAUGGCACAACGAUAGGGAGCCUUAUUGAUGAAGAUGCGUCGGUAACAGUUACCAUUCUUGACAUGAAUGCUCUAGCGUUGAAGAUGUUCUACAACAGUUUAAACUGUCACGCGAGCAAACUGCUAGAAAAGAUUGAACUCCCUCCCCCAGAUCUAAGUCCUACAGAAUCGCUAAGAGAAACGAUGAGUUUACUUAGAGACGUUCUUACAUGUCACGAUGCUUCUGUUAUUCCACUGGAUGCCAGGCAAGCUGAUUAUUCAAGGAUUAUUUCUUGUCUUGUCGACCCACUCAUCCAGAUGUGCUCCAUGUCGGCCAGCCAUCUGAACGCGUCAGACAUGGCUGCUUACAUGAUAAACUGCAUUCAUCAGAUACAGAGCACGUUGGCGGUGUACGAAUUUACUGAUAAACACAUCGAAAUGCUAGCGGGUCAGACGGAAGCACAUCUAGAUACGUUGAUCAGUGAGCAAGCGUCAUUCAUUCUUGCUCGUUCCGGUGUUGGUAAUCUGUACACUGUUUACCAGGAGAACCGCGGUCAAAGGGUUGCGCUGUCCUCGCUUCAUGGAAUGGAUCCGCAGAGUGUUAAGGACGCCAUGGCCAAAUUCGAUAAAUAUCUCUCGUGUCCCGACAGUCUAGUUAUGCCUCAGUGCAAUCUUUUGAGAACGACAAGACUACGCGAUACCGUCCACAAGCGAGCGGUGGAUGCUGUUUGUGCAACGUACAAGACGCUCUACGACGCUAUUGUGAACGAUAGUAACAAAUACCCGGAUGUUAAAACUUUGGUGCCUCGCACCCCAGAUCAAGUAACUUCGCUCCUGACGUAGCGAAUGAAAAAUUAAUCCUUAUUUUUAACCACGGUGUAAAUAAAUAGAAUAAGGGAAUUUCUUGUUCUCUAAAAUAACCCAAACUCUACAGGUGAGGAAGUUAGAAUUUUAGUUUGAUUGAAAAAGUGAUUAAUCUUCUGGCUGUAUUAAUGACCGGUCCCAGUAUUGCAGUGCACUUUAAUAAACCCUUUUAUUAUUAAGGGUGAGUCAGUAUGUAAAUUCACCUUACAUUUCUCAUACAUUUUCAUACAUAGUGGUAAUGAGAAUAAAGACACAUAUCAAUUAGGGAAUGAUACAAUGAUGUAACAGCAGAUUCUCUGCCUUCAGUUGAGGGAAGAGCUCUCAGAUCUUUGAAGUGAAAAUAGUUAAUUGCUGAGGAGUUUCUUCGAGAGUUUUCUCAAGAAUUUUGUGAAGUGCACGUUACAUUUAGUUGUAAAGCAGAGAAUCUUUGAAAACGACAUUUUAAGAAAAUUAUGAUUGAUAAAAGAACGAAGUACAUAAUAUUACAUUGAACUCAUUGAACGCGAUCAAAGGAAAAAAAGUGAAGAAAAACUAAAAGGAAAACGUAUUUAAAAUAAAUUAAGGAAACAAGAUUGCACAGCUUGAAAUUUUGAAUAAAUC